AUGAUCGUGUGUGUUUCGUGUGUUCAACAGAAGAAGAAGGGCGGUAUGGAGACUGAUGACUUCAGAGCCUGUCUGAUCUCUAUGGGAUAUGAUCUGGGUGAAGCAGAGUUUGCGCGCAUCAUGGCUCUGGUGGACCCCAAUGGUUCUGGAGUGGUGACGUUUCAGGCGUUUGUGGACUUUAUGACCCGUGAAACUGGAGAAUCGGACACGUCAGAGCAGGUCGUUGCCUCCUUCAGGAUUCUGGCCGCCGAUAAGCCGUAUAUUCUGGUGGACGAGCUGCGGCGUGAGCUUCCUCCAGAGCAGGCUGAAUACUGCAUCUCCAGGAUGCCUCCAUAUAAAGGACCUGACGCUGUUCCUGGAGCUCUGGAUUACGCUGCGUUCUCCACUGCACUGUACGGAGAGAGCGACCUCUAGAGGCCAGCGGAUAACGCUGAAAACACAUGCAUGAGAUUAGACUCCCACCAAAAGUAUUGCGGUCACGGAUUGAAUAAUAGUCUCAGUUCUGAAGUUCAAAUCAGCCUUAAAUCAGCCUUUAGGCCGAGUGAAAAUAUGUCUUGAUCCAGGAGUGCAAUACCUCAUUCAUCCACUGUGUGUCAAACUUACAUACUGCACCUUUAAAUCAAUCACAUUUAGGUCAUCAAUUAUUCGUAAUUCAUUCAAUUAUUGUUUCCAUAUUUGGACAAUUAUUCAUUAUGAGAAAUAUCUUCAUCCUGUCUAAACG